AUGGCUGAGGGUCUGGACACCCCUGAGUACAUCCUUCCUUCCUCCUGUAAGGUGGAUGUCAUGACUUGGUCUAUUGAGAAGGACAUUCUGGAGACCCAAUGGACCAAACCAGACCCUAGUACUGGCCCCCCUGCGAAAAUGUUUGUUCCUACUACCAUGUGGAACCACAAUGCACCGGGGCACCCGGCCUUCGGGCGGGAGAAGCUCCACACCAGCAACUACUCCCUUGUGAUACUGAUUCAGCUCAGCCUGCUCACCUUUGACCUGUUUGUCAACUCCUUUAGCGAGCUGCUGAGGACUGAACCGGCUGUGCAGUUGGUACUUUUCAUCAUCCAGGACAUUUGCAUCUUGUUCAACCUGAUCAUCGUCCUGCUGAUGCUGUUCAACACCUACGUGUUUCAGGUUGGCCUGGUGGCCAUUUUGCUGGAGCGGUUUAGAGCCCUGCUGAUGCUUUCUGCUCUCUACCUGACCUUCAGUAUCAUCCUCCACUGCUGGCUUGUGAAUCUGCGCUGGUUAAACGCCAACAGAUUUGUUUGGACGGACGGCCUUCAAGUGCUGUUCAUGUUCCAAAGAUCAGCUUCUGUUUUGUACUACUACUUCUACAAGAGGACCUCAGAGUAUCUGGGUGACCCUCGUCUCUAUGAGGAUUCACCGUGGCUGCGAGAAGUUUUUGCUCUGGUCAGACAGUGAUCUCGCUGCGCCUGAGUACAAAAUACCACAAAGCCAGAAUAAAAAACUAAC